AUGCCCCUGGGUCAGAAGGGUGAGCUCUGGAAGCUGGAGGAAGACCCAGGCCCGGCCCAGGGCCUGGUGGAGGCACAGCUGUUGGGGGCGGGGGACGAGGAGGACCCAUGCGCCCCCUCCUCCUCCUCCACCUCCGCCUCCUCCCAGUCCACUGCCCCAUCUGUCUCCUGCUCUGCCCUGUUUAUGGUCCCCUCGGAGGAUGGGUCUGCUGCUGGGUUCCAGAGUCCUCCCCAGAGCUCUGUGAGUGCCCGCCCCUCCCCCAGUGCCGGGGCAGCCACUGCCCUGAGCCAGCCUGACCAGGGCUCCAGCAGCCCCGAUGAGGAGGGGGCGAGCACCUGGGAGGAGCCUGAAGAAGCCCAGCCGGGCCUCCAAAAUGUAGUCCAGGGGAAGGUGGUCGACCUGGUGGAGUUCCUGCUCCUCAAGUAUCGCACCAAGGAGCCGACCAGCCAGGCAGAGAUGCUGGAGAUCGUCGGCGAGGAUGACCAGGAUGCCUUCCCCGUGAUCUUGGGCCGAGUCUCCGAGUGCAUGCGGCUGGUCUUUGGCGUGGAUGUGAAGGAAGUUGACCCCGGCGACCACUCCUACAUCCUGGUCCCCGUCCUGGGCCUCACCUGGGAUGGGAUGCUGAGCGGUGAGCAGGGCAUGCCCAAGACCGGCCUUCUGGUGUUGCUCCUGGGGUUUAUCCUCCUGGAGGGCGACCAUGCCCCCGAGGAGGAAGUGUGGGAAGCGCUGGGGGCCAUGGGGGUGUAUGCCGGCCAGGAGCACGUCAUCUAUGGGGAGCCCAGGGAGCUCCUCACCAAUGUCUGGGUGCAGGAAGGGUACGUGGAGUACCGGCAGGUGCCCGGCAGCGACCCUGCCCGCUACGAGUUCCUGUGGGGUCCCAGGGCCCACCUUGAAACCAACAAGUUGCAAAUGCUGGAGUAUUUGCUCCGGGUCAAUUUCGGGCAGCCGGCUUCCUCCUUGGCCGUGUCUGAAGAGGCUAGCGAAGAGGAGGAGGAGGAGGAGGAGGAGGAGGAGGAGGAGGAGGAGGAGUGGGAGGAGGCCUUCUCCUUCCUUGCCUCUCGUGAUAGCUGGCGCCGUUCUUGUCGCUGUCCCUCCUUCAGGGCCCCGCGGCGCCCCUUCGGUGGGACCAUGCAAGCCCUGGUCUCCCCAGUGACCAAGGCCAUCUUCGUGGCUCUGUUCCUCUUCGCUAUCCUGCUCAUACUCUACGUGAUCCUGUGGUACAUUUGCCGGGACGUGGACAACGACUACAUCUGA